GUGUCAACCAAAAGCAAGGCCCCGUCUCCCCCAGUAUCAGUGAAGGGCCUGGAUGGUGCAGGCCUCCCCCAGAGACACUCUGUAUCAGCAUUUCCUCUGAUGACAAUGGACCAGAAGGAGAACCUACUUGAACAGGACCUGACUCUGGUCGUGGUUCUGCCAGGCGGAGUGGAGAAGACGGCCACUGUCCAUGGCAGGUGAUACUAGGUCUUCAUUCCCAAAUGACACCCUAUUCCCUACUUAGUGCCUGGGUCAUUCCACCAAUUAGUUGCCUUUUGAGUAGUGUAACUUUGAUUUCACCUAAUGUUUACAUUCUGUCACAUGUUCAACUUCAUAAAAACAUGUUUACCCAUCUCAAGAGGUAAAAAAAAGACUAUAGUAAUUGCCUAUUAAGUGCCAAAUAAAGUAACAGGGUUGAUGACUUCAUAGUUUAAAUCAGCUAUAAAUCCCCUCUUGACAGGGGGAAUGGAAGCUUGUUGUGUGCAACAGGGAGGGGCAAUUGAAUGCAAGCUUCACAACAAAAAGAGUAGAACCAGCUCACCUGCUUUUACACUAUGAUUUGACUAUUAAAAUAAUAAUCUUCAGAAAUUACUUUGUCAAAGCAACAAAAAUAACUGCGGCUUUACAAUGAUGGUGAAAACUUGGAGACAUGUUGGGGUUAAGUGGGUUAAAAUAUUAAUUGAAGUCACAGAGGAUGCUUAGAGGGACAUGUCAAAAUGCUGAAUUUUGGCACUUUAGCAAGUCUUUAUUCAUUCCAUGUGGUCUAUAUUAAAGGGCACUUCAUUUAAUAUGACAGGCUUUUAUAGUUCUAUAUUUGUGCACAAUUUCUACUUAAAAUAUCAAAAGUCACUAAUUUCGUGCCAUGACCCGCCUAUGGGCCCUGGUCAAAAGAAGUGCAGUAAAUAAAUAAAGGAAGUGUCCCACUGUGACUAAACACCAACAAACUGCUCCCAACUUUCCUUCCUUGGGAAGACCUCCAAGACAUCCCAUGAUUCCAAGAUGAAGCAUGUUCUAAAUGCAUUUUGACCAAUUCUUAUGUGAGUGUAAUAUCUUCAAAAACAAAUAUUUCAUUAAUAUUUUUGGUAUAUGAUUACUGCAAAUCCUUCUACCAUAACGUGAUCUUUCCAAGGCUCUAAUGUAAUGUAGCAUUUCUCUGAGUCAGAUAUUGUAGGUGGUGCAGUAAAAGCUUUGGUUUUGGUUAACAGUUUUAUAAUGUUGCUGAUUCCUUUUCACUUACUAAUGUGGAAUAAUGUUAUUUGUGUUUUAGGCACAGUUAUUAUGGUUGGAUUUAGAUUAAUAAAUGUAGGCUGUGUCAUUUUGAUGCAAGCCCACUGCACAUACAUUUUAUGAAAUGUAGUCUUAUGAAGUCUGGACUGUGGAGCUCUCAUCCACACCAAUUCAGCCGAGACCAAAACGCCUAAUCAGACAAACAUGAGAUGAAUAUCUUAUAGUCAAAGGGCUUAGUUGUUUUUCGGAACAAGGACUUUGUGUCCUGAUAUGAAACUACAGACCCACACUGUUCACUCUCUAUCACCAAAGUUUACUCAAGAUAUUAUGAUUCUAUUUUUGCAAGACGCAAACGCACUCCGUUGCUAUAUUGUGCCCUUUGCCCUCUCAAGCUAUAAUCGAGACCAACUUUAAUAUAAAAGGAUUAAGCACCAAAUUCUUCAACCUCUUUUCUUUUACAGAGUACAGUGAACUAAUUAUGAUAAGGAUGAAACUUUUGGCAUUAUAUUUCCAGAAACCCUCACAAGGCCUGGAAUAUGGAAACUGCUGGAUAGCUUUGUGUGGAUGCUGUUGCUCUCCAGACCACCAACAGUUGUGUAUGAAGCACAAACUGAUGGCUCGUUAUGCUACAUUUUAUCACUGUGAAAAAGUUGUGUGAUAAUGCAUUACUAGAACAUCAAGUGUAAAAAGUAUUCUGUGAUCUACUUUCGUGAUAGUAGUUUCUCCUUGGCAUUUGCAAUUUCCACACACCAAAAGUUAUGUGUUUUCUUUGUGGAUAUAAAACACACAACCUUUUGUCCUUAGCUAGGUUGAUUAUUGCUUCUAACCUGUGUUUUUCAGCAAGCCCAUGAUGGAUUUGUUAGUGAUGCUUUGUGCCAAGUACCACCUGAACCCAUCAGGCUACAUUAUAGAGCUCGUCACCACCAACAGAAACCCCAUCAAGUUCAAGCCCAAUACUCUGAUCGGGGCCCUGGAGGCAGAGAAGGUUCUGCUCAAGCCCAAAGGAAUGGAGGACAAGAUUAAGAAGCCAAUUCCUCAGAUGCCAGAGGUACACUUGAGAAAUCUCAGUGGUAGAAAUGUACUACUAGUUAUAAAAGUUUAUCUGAGAGUUGUUCCCUCAACUUGGGUAUUUACUGUAAUUAAUAAUGGGUGUAUCUUGUAAUGUAUUUUUUCUGUGAGUAUAGAUCAAAUAAUAUAUAUAUAUAUAUACACUACCAGUUAAAAGUUUGGACACACCUACUCAUUCAAGGGUUUUUCUUUAUUUUUACUAUUUUUUACAUUGUAGAAUAAUAGUGAAGACAUCAAAACUAUGAAAUAACACAUAUGGAAUCAUGUAGUAACCAAAAAAGUGUUUAAACAAAUCAAAAUAUAUUUUAUAUUUGAGAUUCUUCAAAUAGCCACCCUUUGCCUUGAUGACAGUUUUGCAAACUCUUGGCAUUCUCUCAACCAGCUUCAUGAGGUAGUCACCUGGAAUGCAUUUCAAUUAACAGGUGUGCCUUCUUAAAAGUUAAUUUGUGGAAUUUCUUUCCUUCUUAGUGCAUUUGAGCCAAUCAGUUGUGUUGUGACAGAAAAUAGCCCUAUUUGGUAAAAGACCAAGUCCAUAUUAUGGCAAGAACAGCUCAAAUAAGAAAAGAGAAACGACAGUCUUUCAUUACUUUAAAAACGUUGAAAGUUUCUUCAAGUGCAGUCGCAAAAACCAUCAAGCGCUAUGAUGAAACGGAAUCUCAUGAGGACUGCCAAGUUCUCUCAUGUCACCCCAUUCCUCCGCACACUCUACUGGAUUCCAGUUGAAGCUCGCAUCUACUACAAAACCAUGGUGCUUGCCUACGGAGCUGUGAGGGGAACAGCACCUCCUUACCUUCAGGCUCUGAUCAGACCCUACACCCAAACGAGGGCACUACGUUCAUCCACCUCUGGCCUGCUAGCCCCCCUACCUCUACGGAAGCACAGUUCCCGCUCAGCCCAGUCAAAGCUAUUCGCUGCUCUGGCACCCCAAUGGUGGAACAAGCUCCCCCACGACGCCCCAUAAAAAUAGCCAAUCAAUUGUGUUGUGACAAGGUAGGGGGGUAUACAGAAGAUAGCCCUAUUUGGAAAAAGACCAAGUCCAUAUUAUGGCAAGAACAGCUCAAAUAAGCAAAGAGAAUCGACAGUCCAUCUUUACUUUAAGACAUGGUCAGUCAAUACGGAAAAUUUCAAGAACUUUUAAAGUUUCUUCAAGUGCAGUCGCAAAAACCAUCAAGCGCUAUGAUGAAACUGGCUCUCAUGAGGACCGCCACAGGAAUGGAAGACCCAUAGUUACCUCUGCUGCAGAGGAUAAGUUAUUUCGAGUUACCAGCCUCGGAAAUUGCAGCCCAAAUAAAUGCUUCACAGAGUUCAAGUCACAGACACAUCUCAACAUCAACUGUUCAGAGGGGACUGUGUGAAUCAGGCCUUCAUGGUCGAAUUGCUCCAAGUUGGAGAUUUUUGGUUCCAACCACUGUGUCUUUGUGAGACGCGGUGUGGGUGAACGGAUGAUCUCCGCAUGUGUAGUUCCCACCGUAAAGCAUGGAGGAGGAGGUGUUAGGGUGUGGGGGUGCUUUGCUGGUGACACUGUCAGUGAUUUAUUUAGAAUUCAAGGCACACUUAACCAGCAUGGCUACCACAGCAUUCAGCAUUGAUACGCCAUCCCAUCUGGUUUGGGCUUAGUGGGACUAUAAUUUGUUUUUUAACAGGACAAUGACCCAACACACCUCCAGGCUGUGCAAGGGCCAUUUUACCAAGAAUGAGAGUGAUGGAGUGCUGCAUCAGAUGACAUGGCCUCCACAAUCCCCCGACCUCAACCCAAUUGAGAUGGUUUGGGAUGAGUCAGAUGGCAGAGUGAAGGAAAAGCAGCCAACAAGUGCUCAGCAUAUGUGGGAACUCCUUUAAGACUGUUGGAAAAGCAUUCCAGGUGAAGCUGGUUGAGAGAAUGCCAAGAGUGUGCAAAGCUGUCAUCAAGGCAAAGGGUGGCUAUUUGAAGAAACUCAAAUAUACAAUAUACUUUGAUUUGUUUAACACUUUGUUGGUUACUACAUGAUUCCAUAUGUGUUAUUUCAUAGUUUUGAUGUCUUCACUAUUAUUCUCCAAUGUAGAAAAUAGUAAAAAUAAAGAAAAACCCUUGAAUGAGUAGGUGUGUCCAAACCUUUGACUGGUACUGUAUAUUAUAACUUGUUCUAAUAUUUUUUAAUGAGGAUAGUCAUGAGGUCUGAUAAUCUAAUUUCUAUGAUUCUCCAGGCAACCGUCCGUCUGGUAAUAAACUAUAAAAAGACCCAGAAGACUAUACUAAGAGUCAGCCCUCGAGUCCCCCUUGAAGACCUCUUACCAGCUAUUUGUGAGAAAUGUGAAUUUGACCGACAGAGCACACUUUUAUUGAGAGAUGCCCAAUCUAAGGAUCCUUUGGAUUUGACAUGUUCUCUCAAUGAUUUUGCAAUAAGGGAGGUUUAUGCAAGGGACACAAAAGGUAAGGGCUUCUCUGAUUAAAAACAACAGCCUUCAUUAAUCGGAAUAAUUACCAUUCAUUUUGAACCAAUCUCGGCACACAGAACCAAAUAUUGUGUUGUCUGUCAACAAGAUACUUAUUCUGUAUGAACACUAUUCACCAUUCAUUCAUUUUACAACUACGCAGGUGUGCUCAUUUAAAUGCUGCAUUUACUACUGCAUAUCAUUUCCAUCUUCUCUUUCACAGCUAUGUACUCAGAAGACGUACCUGCCUCUCCUACCACCCCUACUACACCAACUCAUCUAGGUCAUCUAGGUAAUGAACACAAUUGUAUUAUGUUUUUACAUUAGUUUUAUUACCUUAUUUUAAUUUACUACUGAUAUUAUGCAUUUGAAGUCAAGUUCAUCAAUCCUUUGUCAGGAAUUUCAGAAACGUCUUCAAUAAGAUCUAUAUAUUCCUAACAGAUACCAUUCCACCCAGUAAAGAUAAAACCCAGAAGGAGAAAGAAAACAAGGGCUUGUUCAGUCUAUUCAGGAGGAGUAAGAAGAAACCUGAGCAGGUGUGUUCUAUAUCUAUUCACAUGCAAUCACCAAUAUUUCUCAUCUCAGUAAUUUACAGGUCAAUUUUGGCUGAUGAGGAGGAUUUGAAAGGGUGUGUGUUGGAGCGGGGAGGGGGGGAUAAUGUCACAGUCAUGUGAUUGACUAGUUUUCUCUUUGCUUACUGCAGAGAACAGGCCCCUGAUCAGGAUCUGAUUGGAUGUUUGUUUGCUCUUUUAAAGGGAAUGACUGCCAGUGCCCCGGCAUCCCCUGUCUUCCCCAGCAAGCCUCGACCUCUUAGCAUGAGCUCGCUCAGUGCCCACUCCUCCACAUUCAACUGCAGCUCCAUGGCUUCUGACAUGCCAAAGAAGAGACGGGCUCCCCUGCCCCCAAUGCUGGUGUCCCAGAGCUUCCCCUCUAACCUCAGCCAUCGCCAGAGGUCCAUCUCCGCCUCAGAGCCCGAAGCCCAAAAGGACAGUGACCAGGUGAGUGGGUCUAACCUGACUAGAUCUGUGUUCUCUGUCUUUACCAGGUCUGUCUGUAAAAUACGGUUAUUAGUGUCCGCGGUCUAAAUGCUGAGACUGAAUUUCCCCAAAAUUUCCCAGACUUUAUAUCCAGAGCUCUUGAUGAAUUGUAAUGAUUAUUUUGUCUCUUCUGUUGUGGAGAUGGCUGGUCUGAGUCGCAGCACAGAGUCUUCCCUGAAGAGGAUGAAGCGCAAGGCUCCACCACCCCCCGCAUCUCCCAGUGUGGUUGUCCAAGAUGAAGCUUCGCUAGAUGGAGGUAUGAAAGGUUUUAAAUGGAUUUAAUCCUACUGUAUUGAAUUGUCUUGUGCUCAACUUCCUGUAUAUAGGUUUCAAUGUUUUCAGAUACUAUUUUUUACAUGAGGGGGUCACUUGAGUCUAUAGCAACUAGAUUCAGCCGCAGGCUGAUUCUUUUCUUGAGCGGAUGGUCAGGGAGCUGGAACAUAAUUACAAAUAAUUUGUGGACUACAAAUUGACUGCAAGAAGCCCAAACAGAUAUAAUAUUUGACUAAAACAUUGUCAUUUCAAAACUUGCUUGCAUUUGUAUACAAUCACAUAUAUCUCUCUAUUAUGCAUGGGAAUACUUUGGAAAUUAAAAUCACUUGGAACUAAUUUGCUGUUGUUCUUACGGUCCUUUAUGUCCAAUGUCUUUCUUUCUUUUUUUUUUACACAUUUUGGCCAAUUGGGGAACCCUGGCUAUCUUUCAACUGUAAUUUAGUUUACAUUUUUCUCCUGGUUUGAGAGACAUUGCUAUUAUUGCAUUUCUGGACUAUAUGGCAGAGAUUUUGACAAUUGUACUUUGGUCUCUAAAGUCAACAAUUGAUAAUAGUAAAUAUGACCAAUGACUAAAUUUGGUCCGCUGUAGCUCAAUUGGUAGAGCAUGGCGAUUGUAACGCCAGGGUAGUGGGUUCGAUCCCCGGGACCACCCAUACGUAAAAAUGUAUGCGCACAUGACUGUAAGUCGCAUUGGAUAAAAGCGUCUGCUAAAUGGCAUAUUAUUAUUAUGAUUGGUCAGUGGGAGUUGCACUCAUUUUAUUUGGCUCUGAUGCCUCCUAGUGGUCAUUGAGACACAUUGAGUUAGUUACAGCUUCUAUUCUCGUGAUUGAAUUUCAUUCACAAAGAACACCUAGCUACAGUUGUUGUGACUACAGUACUUCUUUACAAUUUUAUUAGAUCUUAAUAAUAAAUAUUAUGGUCAAAUUAGUUGUGUUUUUAGUGCCAUAUCUUUGUUUGCUUAUUCUGAAGUUUAAUUUAAUUUACAAUGCUUGGUAGAUACAAGUCUGAGGGAUAAGGUCAACAUAGUUGUGAUCCAAUGGGACAUGUACUGUGAUAUAGUCAUUGCAUUCUUAUGUUUUUCUUCAUAUUAAGGGUAAAUGUUCUAUAAGUAGUUCCUAUCUCUAAACUUGCAGCCUGUGAGUCACCAGAGGAGGGUGUCUGAGAGAGAGUCUGUGCUGCUGCAGCUUCCUGCUGUUUCUACCCACUCUGCACUCUGCUGCCUCUUUCAGCUCCUCCUCAAGCAUGUCCACUUCUUCCUGCACUGACCUGCUGCUUUUACUCCUCACGCUUUCUGUCUGUUAGAUGAACAUGUUCUAUUCUGUUUGUUUUCUUGCUGCAUGUUUACACCUUCCUGCGUGAGUUUUCAUAGACUUCUCUUUCAAUACACUUCAAUAUAAUCAAAUAAAAAAAGACUAUCUGCUAUUGAUUGAAUACCGGCCUUUGGUUAUAUCUGUUAUUUGUGACUGACUUGGCUUAGAUUCGAUUGUAUGUUUUCUGUGAGAGAGGAGUGAUCUUGAAUGAUCUAUCAUGACAGUAAGUACAGUGGCUUGCGAAAGUAUUCACCCCCCCCCUUGGCAUUUUUCCUAUUUUGUUGCCUUACAACCUGGAAUUAAAAUGGAUUUUUUGUGGGUUUGUUUCAUUUGAUUUACACAACAUGCCUACCACUUUGAAGAUGCAAAAUAUUUUUUAUUGUGAAACAAACAAGAAUUGAGACAAAAAAACAGAAAACCUGAGCGUGCAUAACUAAUCAACCCCCCCCCCCCAAAGUCAAUUUUGCAGCAAUUACAGCUGCAAGUCUCUUGGGGUAUGUCUCUAUAAGCUUGGCACAUCUAGCCACUGGGAUUUUUGCCCAUUCAGCUCCUUCAAGUUGGAUGGGUUCUGCUGGUGUACAGCUAUCUUUAAGUCAUUCCACAUAUUCUCAAUUGGAUUGAGGUCUCGGCUUUGACUAGGCCAUUCCAAGACAUUUCAAUGUUUCCCCUUAAACCACUCAAGUGUUGCUUUAGCAGUAUGCUUAGGGUCAUUGUCCUGCUGGAAGGUGAACCUCUGUCCCAGUCUCAAAUCUCUGGAAGACUGAAACAGGUUUCCCUCAAGAAUUUCCCUGUAUUUAGCGCCAUCCAUCAAUCCUUCAAUUCUGACCAGUUUCCCAGUCCCUGCCGAUGAAAAACAUCCCCACAGCAUGAUGCUGCCACCACCAUGCUUCACUGUGGGGAUGGUGUUCUCGGGGUGAUGAGAGGUGUUGGGUUUGCGCCAGACAUAGCGUUUUCCUUGAUGGCCAAAAAGCUCAGUUUUAGUCUCAUCUGACCAAAGUACCUUCUUCCAUAUGUUUGGGGAGUCUCCCACAUUCCUUUUGGCGAACACCAAACGUGUUUGCUUAUUUUUUUCUUUAAGCAAUAGCUUUUUUCUGCCCACUCUUCUGUAAAGCCCAGCUCUGUGGAGUGUAUGGCUUAAAGUGGCCCUAUGGACAGAUACUCCAAUCUCCACUGUGGAGUUUUGCAGCUCCUUCAGGGUUCUCUUUGGUCUCUUUGUUGCCUCUCUGAUUAAUACCCUCUUUGCCUGGUCCGUGAGUUUUGGUGGGCGGCCCUCUCUUGGCAGGUUUGUUGUGGUGCCAUAUUCUUUCAAUUUUUUAAAUAAUGUAUUUAAUGGUGCUCCGUGGGAUGUUCAACGUUUCUGAUAUUUGUUUAUAACCCAACCCUGAUCUGUACUUCUCCACAACUUUGUCCCUGACCUGUUUGGAGAGCUCCUUGGUCUUCAUGGUGCCGCUUGCUUGGUGGUGCCCCUUGCUUAGUGGUGUUGCAGACUCUGGGGCCUUUCAGAGCAGGUGUGUGUGAAUAUAUAUUGAGAUCAUGUGGUACUUUGAUUGCACACAGGUGGACUUUAUUUAACUAAUUAUGUGACUUCUGAAGGUAAUUGGUUGCACCAGAUCUUAUUUAGGGGCUUCAUAGCAAAGGGAGUGAAUACAUAUGCACGCACCACUUUUCCGUUAUUUAUUUUGUAUAAUUUUAUGAAACAAAUUAUUUUUUAAAUUUCACUUCACCAAUUUGGACUAUUUUGUGUGUGUCCAUUAAAUGAAAUCCAAAUAAAAAUCCAUUUAAAUUACAGGUUGUAAUGCAACAAAAUAGGAAAGACGCCAAGGGGGAUGAAUACUUUUGCAAGGCACUAUACAUUCUAAUCUGAUAAUUCAAUCUACAGCAUACACUCCCAGUCGUUCACCUACAGUAGUAUAUAGGUCCUAUACAGACAGUCCUGAGAGACUUAAUUCCAUCUAGGCAUAAUCCUCUUUUUCUUUUUCUGAAUCGUGUUUUUUUUUCAAACUGCUUUUUUGCUACUUGUUUCCAUUCUGUUCCUGUCUUCUGUAACAUAUUUCAUGUUGUUGUCAGACAUAAGUGAGUGUAUUUCAUAGAAACUUCAUUUGUAAGUUCAGUAUUUGAAUACCACACUAGCCAUUUCUCCCAGAUCGUAUGAAUUAAAAAGUGUCCUCAUAAAGAUUUGACUCCUCCAUGCUUGUAUUGCUCCAUUUUCCAUCUGCCCUCCCUCCCUCGCUGACUUCACAUAAUCAACUUCACAGAGAAAGAUCAGGCCCAGAUUCUGGAUGUCUCUCUCAGUACCCCUCCCUGUUCACUUUAGUUAGACAUCACAGGCUGCACAGUGAGGAGUCUCAGUUUUGUAUAACCAGCCUGCUGAAUAUUCCUUCUGCUCUCUAUUCCUCUGUGGCGGCCUUGAAGUGCAGAGUGGAGAACUAGAGGGGAAUAUGAGAUGCUAGAUGUCUUCAUUAAGCCCAAUUCACUUGUCUGAAAUAUCCCUAAGACACAAAUGUUAUGUUUGUUGUUGUGUGACUGUGAAAGUGAUGUUAUUAAUACUAAAUCAUCUUUCUAUCAGUUUUUAUAACAUGCUGCUUCGUUCUGAAGUAAAGGAGUACUCAUUUUCUUAUUUGCAGAAUUAACUUAUUCUCUAAAUGAGUCUCUUUUAAAUUGAAAGUCUGUUGACAUCAUGGCUAGAGACAACAUUCUCCUCCCCAUCACAACACUGUUACUCAUCAUCACACUGCAGUUCUACUGCAGUUCUUCAUCCCAACUUAGAUGAGACAUUGCUGAUUUUGUUACCUCAAUUUGUUACCUCUGUCAUCUUCUCCAUCCUGUUGUGCUGCAGGUGGUCAACUUCCUAAUACACUGGAAGAGAUCGUGGAGCAGGAGGAGACAACUGCCUCCGUGGUCCUAGACUCUAUGAGUGAUGUCCAGGAGGAUGACAGCAGCCUCAACCUGUCAACAGUAGACAUCUCCGUGGACUCUGAGAGAACAGAGGCCCUCUCUCCACCCCUGGAGGCCCCCGACACCCCGUACGCUGAGACUGAGACCUCUUCACCGCCCGAGAGCGAGGGCCCAGCAGGGGAAGAUCAGGCUUGUGAUCUGUCCUCAGAUGGCAAGUACGAAUUCUAGCAGAGAGUCCUACACUUUCCAAAAGGGUUCUUCUGCUGUCCCCAUAGGAUAACCCUUUUUGGUUCCAGGUAGAACCCUUUUGGUUCCAGGUAGAACCUUUUUGGGUUCUAUGUAGAGUUCUACCUGGAACCAAAAAGUGUUCUUCAAAAGGUUAUAUGGGGACAGCCGAAGAACCCUUUUAGGUUCUAGAUAUCACCUUUUUUUCUAAGAGUGUACAGUAUGAAUGAAGUAGUGCCUCUUUGACUUGGGUUUUUGCAUUGCUUUUCAUAACUCCUGUUUUUGACAGACUAGUGCACAGUAUGGUGAACAACACUGAGUGUACGGAGCCCAUGCUGAUUGCUGCAGAUGGUAGGUUUGCAAGUAGCGAUUAAUUCAAAUAUACUGAACAUAAAUAUAAAUGCAAUGUGCAACAAUUUCAAAGAUUUUACUGAGAUACAGUUCAUAUAAGGAAAUCAGUCAAUUUAAAUAAGUUCAUUAGGCCCUAAUCUAUGGAUUUCACAUGACAGGGCAGGGGUGCAGCCAUGGGUGGGCCUGGGAGCGCAUAGGCCCACCCACUGGGGAGCCAGGCCCAGCCAAUCAGCCCCCCCCCCCCCCCAUGACGUACUGCCAAAUUCUCUAAAACCAUAUUGGUGGUAGCUUAUGGUAGAGAAAUGAACAUUCAAUUAUCUGGCAACAGCUCUGGUGGACAUUCCUGCAGUCAGCAUGACAAUUGCAUGUUCCCUCAAAACUUGAAGCAUCUGUGGCAUUGUGUUGUGUGACAAACUGCACAUUUUAGAGUGGCCUUUUAUUGUCCCCAGCACAAGGUGCACCUGUGUAAUUAUCAUGCUGUUUAAUCAGCUUCUUGAUAUGCCACACCUGUCAGGUGGAUGGAUUAUCUUGGCAAAGGAGAAAUGCUCACUAAUAGGGAUGUAAACAAAUUUAUGCACAACAUUUGAGAGAAAUAAGCUUUUUGUGCGUAUGGAACAUUUCGGGGAUUCUUUUCUUUCAGCUCAUGAAACAUGGGACCAACACUUUACAUGUUGCGUUUAUAUUUUUGUUCAAUGUACAUCAAGUUCCUAAUGCGUUAACUAUGGAUGCAAUGCUAUAGCUUUAGUAGCAAUGUUGGCAAGAUUGUCUACUUUGUACUAAAUCAUAUAUGUUUUUUAUGAUCUCCAGAAAGCCCUCCAUGCCAAGCUGAGGAAAUAAGUGGUCAGACAGACUUGCCAUGUAAAGAUUACACAACACAAGAUGGGGUCAAAGGUGAAUGUAGUACUGAGAGCUCUCCUACUAUCAGCCCACCCGCAGCCAAGCCUGUGAAACAGAGCACAGGAACACAGGCCUCAGAUCAGCUGGACACUGACCCCUCCUAUAAUGAACGGCCAGUGGCCACAAGCACCCCCUGUCCCCCUGCUGAGGAUGCCCAGGUCCAGACCGAUCUCACACCACCAUGUCCUGUGUCACCACCCCAACAACAGGAAGUGCCUCCCCCUGCUAAAGCCUCUACCUCUGGAGCGGUGGGGCUGAAGAAGGACAUGGCCACAUCCACAGAGGAGCUGCUGAUCCCUGCUGACCCCAUCACACCUGCCUUAUCUCCUGCCUCAGCAGUCCCUCAGUGCCAAACGUCCGCUCAAAGUGCCCCGGCCCCUCUGAAGCCAUCCAAUGAGCUGACCAGGGACUACAUCCCCAAGGUGGGGAUGACUACGUACACUAUCAUGCCUCACAAGUGUUUGGAGAAACGGAGAUACUUUGAGGUGGAGCUGAUGUUGGAAUCCCCCGACGUGGCUCUCGAGAAGGAAGUAGGUUCACUUGAACUCAAAGACUGCACUACACAGGCUGAGCAGUUAAAGGUCACAGCAGAACAGACAGAGCUGCAGUCAAUUGUACCUAAGGAAAACUCUCAAUCUCAGCAAGUCGGCAGCACUACUACUACUACUACUACUACUACUACUACUACUACUAGUAGUAGUAAGAGCACUGUAAAUGGCAAUGUGGUUGGGCCUAUUCACUCCCCCUCAACACCAACAACGAUACUUCCUGCAGGAGAUGACAAGAUUCCAUCCCCCUCUAGUGGGGGAGACAAAGCAGGCUCAAUAGCAGAGGUCAAGGAGAUGAAAAUUCCACCCGUAACUAAACCCAAGCCUGGCUCUUUCCGCUUGCCACAGCACAAAAGAACACCUGGGUAUUAUGUAACCUCGGCGGCAGUGAAAAGUUUGAGUGCCAAUCCUGGCGCUGGCCAGAGGGAGGCUCCAGGCAGUCUAGUGGCAGCAGUAGCAGCAGCGCAGGCCCUGCAGCCAGUGGAGGAGGGCAGCUUCCCCCCUCCUCCUCCUCCGGUUCAGUGGGACGAGGAGACAUCAGAGGGCGCUGAUGUAGUUGACGUGGAGCCGAGUGUGCCAUCUCCACGGCCCAGUCCCGCCAGGGCGCCCCCAUCCCCAGUGCUGAACCUGGAGAAACGGAGGAGUUUUGCUGCUCCCAAACCCUACUCUCCUACGACCCUGUCCCGUUUUGCCCAGGCUGUAACCUCAGCGGUCAAAAGGUCCCAGUCCUUAUCCACUGGCUCCACCUCACCCUCUCCUCGCUCGCCACCAUUCUACCCAAUCACAAGCCGCUUUUUAGUCAAUGAUCCUAAAGGACCAUGUAGGGCUAUGGUGAGUUGUUGCAGAUGUUUUUUGUUAUGUGCUUUCUCUAUAUGAGACUCUGUAUUUUCUAUAUUAGAACAUACAGUAGGAAUCUGGACAUUUAUAUUCACAGUUCUCUACACUCUGAAAUUACAUUAAACCCAAAGAGUUGCUUUUUCCUUCAAAUGUGAUGCUUAAAUUAUAAUUUAUUUGAUACUUGUAUUAAAGUUCAAAGCAUAUGCCUACUUAAAAAAAUUAUUUGCAGUAGAAUCUCAUUGUUUCUAGUAUAUUUAAAAGUGAUGCAUGUUUCACCGUCAGUGCUAUCUCUUUAACCAUUAGACUACCCUCAGAUGAACUCUCCAGUCUGCUGUUUUCCCAUGUCCUUUAGGGUCAGCUUUGAGACUGUUGAAUAACACAGGAAAUGGGAGAUGUACUCCUCUCUGAGAAUGUACAGUUGAAGUCGGAAGUUUACAUACACUUAGGUUGGAGUCAUUAAAACUCAUUUUUCAACCACUCCACAAAUUUCUUGUUAACAAACUAUAGUUUUGGCAAGUCGGUUAGGACAUCUACUUUGUGCAUGACACAAGUAAUUUUUCCAACAAUUGUUUACAGACAGAUAAUUUCACUUAUAAUUCACUGUAUCACAAUUCCAGUGGGUCAGAAGUUCACAUACACUAAGUUGACUGUGCCUUUAAACAAUUCCACAAAAUGAUGUCAUGGCUUUAGAAGCUUCUGAUAGGCUAAUUGACAUAAUUUGAGUCAAUUGGAGGUGUAUUUCAAGGCCUACCUUCAAACUCAGUGCCUCUUUGCUUGACAUCAUGGGAAAAUCAAAUGAAAUCAGCCAAGACCUCAAAAAAAACAAAUGUAGACCUCUUCAAGUCUGGUUCAUCCUUGGGAGCAAUUUCCAAACGCCUGAAGGUACCACGUUCACCUGUACAAACAAUAGUAUGCAAGUAUAAACACCAUGAGACCACACAGCCGUCAUACCACUCCUAGAGAUGAACGUACUUUGGUGCGAAAAGUGCAAAUCAAUCCCAGAACAACAGCAAAGGACCUUGUGAAGAUGCUGGAGGAAACAGGUACAAAAGUAUCUAUAUCCACAGUAAAACAAGUCCUAUAUCGACAUAACCUUAAAGGCCGCUCAGCAAGGAAGAAGCCACUGCUCCAAAACCACCAUAAAAAAGCCAGACUACGGUUUGCAACUGCACAUGGGGACAAAAAUCGUACUUUUUGGAGAAAUGUCCUCUGGUCUGAUGAAACAAAAAAAGAACUGUUUGGCCAUAAUGACCAUUGUUAUGUUUGGAGGAAAAAGGGGGCCCUUGCAAGCCGAAGAACACCAUCCCAAUCGUGAAGCACGAGGGUGGCAGCAUCAUGCUGUGGGGGUGCUUUGCUGCAGGAGGGACUGGUGCACUUCACAAAAUAGAUGGCAUCAUGAGGAAGGAAAAUUAUGUGGAUAUAUUGAAGCAACAUCUCAAGACAUCAGUCAGGAGGUUAUAGCUUGGUCGCAAAUGGGUCUUCCAAAUGGACAAUGACCCCAAGCAUACUUCCAAAGUUGUGGCAAAAUGGCUUAAGGACAACAAAGUCAAGGUAUUGGAGUGGCCAUCACAAAGCCCUGACCUCAAUCCUAUAGAAAAGUUGUGGGCAGAACUGAAAAAGCGUUUGUGAGCAAGGAGGCCUACAAAACUGACUCAGUUACAGUGAGGGAAAAAAAGUAUUUGAUCCCCUGCUGAUUUUGUACGUUUGCCCACUGACAAAGACAUGAUCAGUCUAUAAUUGUAAUGGUAGGUUUAUUUGAACAGUGAGAGACAGAAUAACAACAAAAAAAUCCUAAAAAAUGCAUGUCAAAAAUGUUUUAUAAAUUGAUUAGCAUUUUAAUGAGGGAAAUAAGUAUUUGACCCCUCUGCAAAACAUGAUUUAGUACUUGGUGGCAAAACCCUUGUUGGCAAUCACAGAGGUCAGACGUUUCUUGUAGUUGGCCACCAGGUUUGCACACAUCUCAGGAGGGAUCCUGUUCCACUCCUCUUUGCAGAUCUUCUCCAAGUCAUUACGAUUUUGAGCCUGACGUUUGGCAACUCGAACCUUCAGCUCCCUCCACAGAUUUUCUAUGGGAUUAAGGUCUGGAGACUGGCUAGGCCACUCCAGGACCUUAAUGUGCUUCUUCUUGAGCCACUCCUUUGUUGCCUUGGCCGUGUGUUUUGGGUCAUUGUCAUGCUGGAAUACCCAUCCACAACCCAUUUUCAAUGCCCUGGCUGAGGGAAGGAGGUUCUCACCCAAGAUUCUAUGGUACAUGGCCCCGUCCAUCGUCCCUUUGAUGCGGUGAAGUUGUCCUAUCCCCUUAGCAGAAAAACACCCCCAAAGCAUAAUGUUUCCACCUCCAUGUUUGACGGUGGGGAUGGUGUUCUUGGGGUUCUUUCCUCCUCCUCCAAACAAGGCGAGUUGAGUUGAUGCCAAAGAGCUCGAUUUUGGUCUGAUCUGACCACAAUACUUUCACCCAGUUCUCCUCUGAAUCAUUCAGAUGUUCAUUGGCAAACUUCAGACGGGCCUGUAUAUGUGCUUUGCUUUCUUAAGCAGGGGGACCUUGCGAGCGCUGCAGGAUUUCAGUCCUUCACGGCGUAGUGUGUUACCAAUUGUUUUCUUGGUGACUAUGGUCCCAGCUGCCUUGAGAUCAUUGACAAGAUCCUCCCGUGUAGUUCUGGGCUGAUUCCUCACCGUUCUCAUGAUCAUUGCAACUCCAUGAGGUGAGAUCUUGCAUGGAGCCCCAGGCCGAGGGAGAUUGACAGUUAUUUUGUGUUUCUUCCAUUUGCGAAUAAUCGCACCAACUGUUGUCACCUUCUCACCAAGCUGCUUUUCGAUGGUCUUGUAGCCCAUUACAGCCUUGUGUAGGUCUACAAUCUUGUCCCUGACAUCCUUGGAGAGCUCUUUGGUCUUGGCCAUGGUGGAGAGUUUGGAAUCUGAUUGAUUGAUUUGCUUCUGUGGACAGGUGUCUUUCAUACAGGUAACAAACUGAGAUUAGGAGCACUCCCUUUAAGAGUGUGCUCCUAAUCUCAGCUCGUUACCUGUAUAAAAGACACCUGGGAGCCAGAAAUCUUUCUGAUUGAGAGGGGGUCAAAUACUUAUUUCCCUCUUUAAAAUGCAAAUCAAUUUAUAACAUUUAUGACAUGCGUUUUUCGGGAUUUUUUUGUUGUUAUUCUGUCUCUCACUGUUCAAAUAAACAUACCAUUAAAAUUAUAGACUGAUAAUUUAUUUGUUAGUGGGCAAACGUACAAAAUCAGCAGGGGAUCAAAUACUUUUUUCCCUCAGUGUACACCAGCUCUGUCAGGAGGAAUGGGCCAAAAUUCACCCAACUUAUUGUGGGAAGCUUGUGGAAGGCUACCCGAAACAAUUUAAAGGCAAUGCUACCAAAUACUAAUUGAGUGUAUGUAAACUUCUGACCCACUGGGAAUGUAAUGAAAGAAAUAAAAGCUGAAAUAAAUAAUUCUCUCUACUAUUAUUCUGACAUUUCACAUUCUUAAAAUAAAGUGCUGAUCCUAACUGACCUAAGACAGGACUUUUUACUAGGAUUAAAUGUCAGGAAUUGUGAAAAAUGUAGUUUAAAUGUAUUUGGCGAAAGUGUAUGUAAACUUCCGACUUCAACUGUAUAUACAAUUUUCUCACAAUGGUAAUGGAACAGUCAACAAUAAACUUUUGUUCCGAGUGUGUGGUUUGUGGCCUGGUAAACAAUCCUAGCUGCUUAUCCCACCUCUUAGACACCUUGACCUGUGACACCGUCCCCUCCCUGAGAGACUGGGCCGGUGUGCCUGCGUGUCAUUGAUGUGCUGGUCCCUGUGAUCCAGUGGGGAACACUUUUUAUCUCCUUGUUAAUAGCCUGAGCACACGUGUUUUACCAUAGUUAUUCCUAAAGGACUCUCUGUAGUAGGCCUACAUUCGUGUUGUACAGGUAGUUGGCGUAUAUAAAGCAGGUACAACAGUGUCUUCUUUCCAGUUUCCUCAAAGUGUUGAAUGGCACUCUCAGUCCUGUGUCUUGAAUGAUGGUGUGCAUUGUGUCUUCUCUGCUGAGCACAGGGAAGUGACAAUGGAGAGGGGGAGGAGAACAAAGGCUUGGAGCUCCAGGGAGGGGGGGACCUGAGCGGUGGCCCAGUCAGUGACAACAUGACUGUUCAGAUGGCAGGCCAGAGUGACCCUGAGCAGCGCCUCAGUGUGUGUGGAGAGGAGCUGAGCAGUAACGGAUCAACAGAGACAUCUACAGUAAGCACUAGACUAUACAAUAACAUGGUGUUACAACAUGAUGUUAAGUGGGGCUGCGACAGUGUUACAUUCACGUACUCUGAGUGUCUAUAUAAUGUAUGUAUAAUUGCAUUGUUAAGUUUCAAGUUCCCUCUUUUGUCUUUUUAGGAGCCUGAUGGCCUGUCCUGGAGUCUGUUCGAGCAUGAGCCCAGGAAAGAGGAAUAGAAACUUUAUUUGAUAGUCUUACGACCUCUGUUGCUAGUUUUAACAACAACCUACAAACUGUAGAAGAGACUACUUUUCUGUUUUGUUACGACAGAAAUUACUGUAAGUAGAUGUUCUCCACAUAUCAUUUGGAUGUUAUGAAAUAAUUGUAUAUGUAUUAUUAUUCACGAUUUGUAUUUCAAAUUUGAUGCAUAUUGUACUUUUCACAUCAUAUUUUGUCCAAAAAAAUUAUAUUAUUAGUUUCAAUAUUGAGUUGUAAUUGUCAUCGAGAAAAUACAGUAGCCUAUUUAGUACUGUAUAUAAUUUUGAAGAGGUCAAUUUGACUGACCUGAAAGUGGUACAUAUAAAUCCCUCAGUCCAUUUUGUAUUUUGUGUUACUCAUUUGAUUUUGAUAAAGCUGUGCCCAGACAUACACUGGUAUGUAGAGUAUUUCUCUGAACAUAUAAUGCUGUUAUGAAUAAAGGUUACUGUUUCCUACAUUCACAGUAUAUUAAAGUAUUAUAUUGACAAUCCAAGAGUGUUUCUCACUGAACAUUUUGAAUAUAAUGUAAUGACCCGGGCUGGUUCAUAAAGGAAAAGGAGACGGACACCAGGUGUGCAGGGCAGAACACAGGUUUAUUCCUAAACUGGGCUAUUGUUCAGGCCACAGCCCACGCCGCUAAAUUCCGAACGUACACAAAUACACAAUGUAAAGUUAAGUGGCAGACUCAUAGGAGCAGAUCAAGAUCCCGAAUCGAAAAGGGAGAGCGAGAUGAAACAGUAGCCCCUAUUUAUGCAUUUCAAAACUCUGCGGGAUUACCCAUCAUACCCCCCAACCUUUCCGUCUGUCCUGGCAUAUUUAACCCCUGCUAGCACCCAUGAACACAGAACACAAUACCGGGUCGUUCCAAUAAAUUAAACACUGAAUUGCAACACAAUCAGAUACAGUAGACAAUGUUAUUAGCAGUAAAAAUGUCCAGUAAUUGAAAUGCAGUUCAUAACAUACAACUCACAAUCCCAUCACAAUUAAACAGGACAAAACAACAUAUAACGUAACAUAUAUCAUACUAAAUGGAGUGAAGCAAAGAAACGUUCCAGAUUAUACGAAUUGCCUUGCAGGCCAGGUUGCACAAAAAGUAAGCAAGUGUAACUUGAUACUUCUCUACAAGCUUGAAACCUUUUCAGGCAGGAUCUCAGAGUCCUAUUUCAGGUAAAAUGUGAGGGUUGUGUAUGACGUAAUGCAUGAGUAAAUAUAAACACCUGUCUAGGGAGAGCGCGUGGACUAGAUGAGCACACCACACACACCUAAAGGACAGCGAUGAAGACGAGCGAGGAAGCAAUAUGCAGUAACGGUACCAUUUCAGUGAGCAGCAGGUAGGAUAUGUUACAAUAAACCAUUUUUAGGGAACACUUCCGUACGCUAAUUGUAGGAUUUGGACAGAUAAAGACUAUAGCUAGCCUACUGUGUAAAUAUGUUCAUGUCGAGAUGGUUACUUUGUGUCCUCGACCUAUACAUAGCGUUUUUUUGGCCUUAUGGAAUGUCCUUCUAUUAUGUUGACUGAAUCUUCAGACAGUCGAUAUCUGUGCCAGCAAAGGUAAAACACGUGCAGCCUACCUGUCUUGUCUAUGUCGUUGAGGUUGAAGUGAAAUAAUGUAGCCGACCCUGUUGCAUCUUCAAAUGUGAAUUGGAAAGUUAUGCAAAACGAUAACUAAAGCAUGUAGGUCUGUAACCCUCCAGUAUACAUUCAUAAUUCAACAUAUUUCCCUUUGUAACCCUUUUCAUCUAAUUUUGUUUAGUUUACUUUGUGGCAUUAUGGACAUAACAAAUAGGCUACUAUAGCUCUUUAUUUCACACUGACGUCUGUAAAAUGUCAGUAGGCCUACUGUUCUGUAAAAUGCGUAGAAAAACCGUUACUUCAACACUUCUGCUACUGCCAUCUGGCGUCAGUCGUGGGAAGUGACUGAGUCAUGGCUUGACAUUGAAAUCCAUAUUGGCUACCGCACGUCAGCGUUUUUAGUCAUGAAUCUUGUUCUGGAGGCAGCUAUGCAAAGUGGUCUAGCUGGCACAGACACGAAGUCAUAAAAUCAGAUUUUAAACCUAACCAUAACCUCAACCACAUUGCUAACCCUAAUGCCUAACCCUAACCUUAAAUGAUGACAAAAAAGCUACAUUUUGUUUUCAUACUUUUUUCCAAUAUAGCCAAUUUUGAAAGUUUGAAAGAAGCAUGAUAAACGUGGUGCAUAGCCAGUAGGAAUUAAAUCAUUUGGAGAUAAAAAAAUAAUUUUGCUUCCAAAACCAGAGUAGGUUAGAAAUUCAUUGCUGGUUAUUGCCUCAUGUAAAAUUCAGCAAGAAAGGGUGUGUAUUUUUAGUAGUUGAUAAGGAGACCUCUAAAAUAUCCCACUUAUCUCCUCCUGCAAUACACUCAGAGGCUAAAACCUCUUUAGUCCUAGAGCUUUUAGUACAUACUCUGGGAGCAGGCUAUGCUGUACAGAUGUAGCUCCUUUUGUCUACACGGUUCAAUCAUUUUCUCCUAGAGUUGUGAAGUGUGUUUGCUCGUCGGGUGCAUGCUAAUGUUACAUUAUGCGAUAUCUCUAUCUUUUGUAUGCCUGAGUUCAUGCAGUGUAAUAUGAGGGCAUGUGAACCUGGUAUUAACUGAGAACUUUACAGAUGCUAGUUUGCUUAACUGAUGGAUUUUGUAAAAUAAAAUAAUACUAAUUUAACAGAAACUAUCGCUAAAUAUACUGUUUAUGUAUCAUUACUUUAACAGACAGUAUUUGUACUUUUUGAAGAAAACACCAUUGACAUGCUAUUCAAGUAAAUUCUACAUGGAUUAUAAAAGUAGGAUUACUGUUUAAAGAAAGAAUAGUCUACAUUGGUUAGAAUUUAUUUUGCCUCAUUUGGCAAAUCUGUUAUCAAUGUUCGUCAGUAAAUCUGGGAUCACAGAAGCUAGCAGCCUUUUUCAUGCUUUGAGAAGGGAUUUGUAAAGCAAUUAAAUUGCUUAUACACAUUAGGCCUAUUAGCUGCUAGACUUAGGAAUAUAUCAUUAUCAGUUAUUAUUGUGUAUUCUUCACUUUUAAGUUUCACUUUUUCAGGUAAUAAUAAUCAUAUACUAAGAAAAUACUUUCAGGCCUUUCAUCUACUAAUUUGGAUGUAUUUUCAGAAUUUCCCUGCGAAACUAUAUCUGGGAAAAAUUAAAUGUAACUGACUUAUUCAGUAAUAAUGGUCAACAUUGACAAAUCACCAAUGAGAUCUAACGGAUCACAGAGGUCCAGUAUUUAGAUUAUACCCAGGAGGCAUGACAAUACUCAUGACAUCAUUGGUACUGAAUGUCUUCUGACAGAUUAAUUUUUUCAUUCUUCAUCUGCCAUGACUUGGGACAGAAUUCAACAGAGGUAGACACAAGUGGUGGAAAAUCCAUCAAAAGUCUUCGUUAUAAAUAAUAAUACAUUGAAUUUAUGAAGCGUGUUUCGUUUAAAAACAAUCUCAAAGUGCUACAGUGAGUGGUGGUAUGUGAUAUGUAAAUUGCAGACAAUAAUGUGUAGAGAUUCUGAUGAUCUCUCUGCCCCCUCUCUCUCUCACUCUCUCUCGCUCCCUCCCCCUCUCUCUCUUUGUGUCCCCCAUCCCACCCUUCCUCCCCAGUAGUUACUUUACUUUAAUGCGGCCUACCUAGACAUGACUGAUUUGGAAGUAGGUAACAUUAUAUCACAUAAUAUGAUAUUAUAUUUCACAUGAAAUGAGACCUAACUGUAAUCUGCCUGUUGGACCUAGCAUUGGAUUCUUCUGCUUUUAGCUUCGGCACUUCUUGAGUUGGAGCAAAACAACCAAGUUACAUAAAACUGUUUUGUCACAGGGUUUUGUCUAUUGUUAAUCCAGCAGCAUGAGGUGUUUUGGCUGCUCAGUCAUGCACAUAAUGGCUCAUACAACAGUUCUCUCCAAUCAACUAAAUUGUCUUGGUUUUUGUGAAUCAGAGCAUUUUGUUCAAACCAGGACUCCAAGAAAUGAUAGAUUGCAGUAUUAUAGCUUUCCUCUUAUCUGCGUCAACAGAAGAUGAAGCAAUAGAAAAGAAAGCCAGUUUGCUAUUUCCAUUCUGUGAUGUCCGCCAUUAGAGCAGCUGAUGUAGUAAGUUGUGCUGUAAAGGUCAAAUGAGUGAGUUGGUGUGUGACGUGUGCUGUGUUUCUAAUGCGCAAUUAUGUUUCUACGUGACCGUCUAAGAAUAACUGUUUCUGCACUUUCCAUAAGCGCAGAGCCCCUUGCAUGUGUGGCUGGAAAUAGAUGUGGGGAGUAUGCUGCUCUGAAGACAAAUAAUUUAUGAUGAUGAUGAGGAUAAUGUUUUCUCAAUUACUUCAUAUCCUAGCUAUAACAUUGUCUAGGGGCUAGAUCAUAUAUUGAUGUCAGUCACACUGUAUGAACCCAGACCUGUUCCUGUUUUUUCAGCUACAACAAUAACCACACAACCUUGACGAAAGACACCUAAGCUUUGUUUGUCUUUGCGAGCGUGUGUCAUAAGUUCUCUUUUCCUUACGAAACCAGCUGUGACACUGUAAACACCAUGUUGCUGUACCUGCCCAACUCAUCUCCGUAGGAGCAGCUAACCCACUGUCACAUGGGUUGGAGCUCACCUGUACUCCCCAUGACACUCAUGAACGUCAGGUGAGGUGAGUGGGACUAGGAUAUUCAGUAAGAACAAUGAAAUAGGAAAUUAGUAGCAUAUACUACAGGUUUGUGAUGACAGUACAUAACAGUGUUGAGCUAGCUAUGCUAAACUCCUUAGCUCCAAAUACAUAAUAAUAUGCCAUUUAGCAGACGCUUUUAUCCAAAGCGACUUACAGUCAUGCGUGCAUACAUUUUUGUGUAUGGGUGGUCCCGGGGAUCGAACCCACUACCUUGGCGUUACAAGCGCUGUGCUCUACCAGCUGAGCUACAGAGGACCACAAGGACUACAUACUGAUGAGACUAAACUGUAAUUCUUAACCUGGGAUGUAGGCUAGACAAGGCAGACUGUUCCAACAAGGUCAGUCCAGUGCUGUGGACUGUCUUCGUGUUGGAUCGAGAACUGAGAGGGGAUCACUUUCAGUGGGGCUGCUGAAGGCAUGAGAAUGCAAUAUGACCUCUGGGAGACAGAGCACUAAUGGCUUUGUUUCAGUGCAUGUAUGUGCAAUGAGAGGAACGACUUAGGUCAUAGUUAAGGAAUGAAACGGGUGCCACAGCUGAUUGGCCUGUUCGCUUUACAUUAACUCAUAAGUGCUCAACAUCUCUUACUCAACCAUUACUCCUCAUACAUAAUGCACACAGAGAGAAUUUACCUAGGAUUUCACCAGCUAUUGUCUUGUUUUGGGACUGACUCAUGGUGGCAAGACUGGGAGAGGUGGCACUGACUACUAAAAUAGCAUUGUCUCUCAUCUUCUACUAAUGUAAUUAGAAAGCAUUUGCAUUGACUGAUAGAAGAAGAAUGUGUUUCAGACCAGGGUUAUUUCUGGACAGCUCAUGCUGCUCGGCCUAAGUGUCCUUGUCUCAGACUUUGCCACUGAAGGACCCCAGUUCGAUUGUUUGACUAGUCUCUCUCUUACUCUGUCGUUCUGUCUUUCUUUCUCUCUCUGUAUGUGUCAUAUCUCUCUCUCUCUCUCUCUCUCUCUCUCUCUCUCUCUCUCUCUCUCUCUCUCUCUCUCUCUCUCUCUCUCUCUCUCUCUCUGUCUCUCUCUCUUGCACACACACACAUAUACACUACGCUAAAUCACUAUAGUGCUGCUUAAUGCAUCGGUUGAAUAAGCAUGGGACUAUUCACAUUCACCUUUACAGAGACUUUAGCAGUAGCAUGUCACUUCUGUCUUUUAUUUGAUGGUUUCCUGUUUUGUUUGUGUCAUGCUUUGUCAGUGGUGCUCUCCAGAGAGGGGGCCUUUCAUAUGAUGGUGUGUCUAAGUGAAAAUGUAACCCAAGCCAGGUGGAGCUGUGUUUUUGUGACAGUGCUGUUAGCUCAGGCUCCUUUACACUGGGAGUGCAUUACUGGAGGCACACAGCUCCCGUUCAUACAGAGCUGUCUGAUUUCCAUUUAAUUGCUAGCGGCUGCUUAAACAACUGAGGCUGUGUCCCAAAUGGUACCCUAGUUCUUUUAUAGUGCACUAAUUUUUACCAGGGGCCAUAGGGCUCUGGUCAAAAGUAGUGCACUAUAUAGGAAAUAGGGUGCCAUUUGGAAUGCUGCCUGAGACACAGAAGCCUCUUCAGUGUGAGACUGAAGCCAUGUUCUGGGAAUAGAUGCUCAGUGUCCUUCUCAAGUAAACCCUUUAGAGCCUGUUUUGUUGUACACCGUGAAAAGACACAAUGAUGAUCAAAUCAAAUCAAAUGUUAUUUGUCACAUGCGCCGAAUACAACAGGUGUAGGUAGACCUUACAGUGAAAUGCUUACUUACAAGCCCUUAACCAACAAUGCAGUUUUAAGGAAAAUAAGUGUUAAGAAAGUAUUUACUAAAAUAAACUGAAGUAGGAAAUAGAUGUGACUAAACAUAGAUCGUACCAUUUUCACUAUUUUCAGAGUUUUAUCUGAUGGCUCUCGCGUUGACUUAAGAAUCCAAUAAUUGAGUAAUAAGAAUAAUAAUAAAUAAUAAUAUGCCAUUUAGCAGACGCUUUUAUCCAAAGAGACUUACAGUCGUGCGUGCAUACAUUUUUUUUUGUGUAUAGGUGGUCCCGGGGAUCGAACCCACUACCUUGGCGUUACAAGCGCCGUGCUCUACCAGCUGAGCUACAGAGGACCACAAGAACUCAGAACAUACUCCAUAUUUACUCAGAACAAGUGAUAUUCAGGUAGAGUGGGACUUUUAAUGGCAUUUGCCAUUUACAUUUUUUUGCGAUUUAAGUAGCUCUUUGAAAAGUUGCUCCUGUACAGAUAAAGGCCACUUUUCCGAUUUGAAGCACAUAACAUUAAUUAUCACCCACAACAGCCAUUAACAAAUUAAUUUUCAAUGUCUACUUCUAAUAAAGUAGAAAUAGUCAUCAUUGGAGUUGGGCAAUUCCACGGAAGCAGAAUGGAUGCCAAACAAAAAGAUGUCUGCAGAAAGAAUGGGGUAUCAAGCUAUGAUAUUACACAUUGAAUUUGAAAAAGAUAUUUUGAUUAUUGAACUACAGUAAGUGAAGUGGAUUAACACCCGAUAACAGAAUGACAUAAUUUGUCCUUGAUCUGUAUUAUACAGAAAUGCAUACUAAUGAAUGGUUUACCUGAAUAGGUAAACAAAGGUAAAAAAAUGUAAUAUCAUCAUUCGCAUGAUUCUGUAUUAUUAUUCUAAUGAGCUCCGCCCCCAAACAAGAAAUCCGGACCAAAUCUGUACCAAUCAUAGAAAUCUAUGUUUCAUAAGUUUGGACAUCACAGUACAGCACAGUAGGGCACAUCACAGUAGAGUACAGUAAAGUGCAGUACAAUACAGUAAAUUAUACUUUACUCUAUGUGCUCUACUAUACUGUACUAAACUCUACUGUACAGUACUGUAUUGUACUGACCUCUACUUUUCUUUACUGUACCGUACUGUGCUGUCUAAACUUGUGAAACAGACGUCUAUGAUUGGUUCAGAUUUGGACUGACCAAAUUUCAACUACUUUUUAACGUCCAUGGACGUCCAGUGUCGCAGUGCUCAGUGGGUGAGAGGGCUGGUUACAGUAAAUGGAAAGAGAGGGGUCUCAUGGGUAGGUGUCAGUAAGAGCCAGGAGAGGUGACAUUAACUGGAGGGUGAGAGAAGAUAGACAGGGAGAGAGAGAGGGAGGGGUUGUCCAGACUGUUUUUACACUCUUGCUUUGACCACCACGUGACAGAAAGAGAAAAAACAUUAAGCUGAACAUAACAGAAUACCAGUGGAAGGGAGGACCUUAGCAGGUUACCCAACUGUGGUUUGUGACUACUAUGAAUUCCCAUUGUAGCCAAUUCCGUUGCAGUCAUUCUGUUACAGAUCAUUUGGUCAUUCUGUUACCGAUUUGGUAACAGAAUUACACGUUUUAAUAACUUAAUAAUCAUACACCAAAUUGUUAUCAUUAAAAAAACUAACUAAUUGGUAGGUCUACCUUUACUUGUUACUUCUGUGGAAUUUCAUUAUCCUCCCUCAUGAGGGAGAGAAAUGUGAAAAUAUAUUAAAGAUAUGUGGGUUUUUGGUAACAGAAUGACAAGACACUAGGCAAUAUUUCUUAAACUUACAGAAGGCAAAUCAUUUCUGCAAAACUAAAUAUACAUUUUGAUAUUAGUUGGCAGGGGACUUUACUUAAACAUUAUUGUGUUUUGAUGUAUUUACAGUGCAUUCGGAAGGUAUUCAGACCCCUUGACUUUUCCACAUUUUGUUACGUUACAGCCUUAUUUUAAAAUUGAUGAAAUUCUUUUUAUCCCUCAUCAAUCUACACACAAUACCCCAUAAUGACAAAGCGAAAAGAGGUUUUUAGAAAUAUUUGCGAAUCCCCCCCCCCCAAAAAAAAAAUUAAAGUGGAUAAAAUGUACAUAAAUAUUCAGACCCUUUGCUAUGAGACUCGAAAUUGAGCUCAGGUGCAUCCUGUUUCCAUUGAUCAUCCUAUCCUUGAGAUGUUUCUGCAAAUUGAUUGGAAUCCAGCUGUGGUAAAUUCAAUUGAUUGGACAUGAUUUGGAAAGGCACACACCUGUCUAUAUAAGGUUCCACAGUUGAGGUCGAGCCAUGAGGUCGAAGGAAUUGUCCGUAGAGCUCCGAGACAGGAUUGUGUCAAGGCACAGAUCUGGGGAAGGGUACCAAAACAUUUCUGCAGCAUUGAAGGUCCCGAAGAACACAGUGGCCUCCAUCAUUCUUCAAUGGAAGAAGUUUGGAACCACCAAGACUCUUCCUAGAGCUGGCCGCCCGGCCAAACUGAGCAAUCGGGGAAGAAGGGCCUUGGUCAGGGAGGUGACCAAGAACCCGAUGGUCACUCUGACAGAGCUCCAGAGUUCCUCUAUGGAGAUGGGAGAACCUUCUAGAAGGACAACCAUCUCUGCAGCACUCCACCAAUCAGGCCUUAUGGUAGAGUGGUCAGACGGAAGCCACUCCUCAGUAAAAGGCACAUGACAGCCCGAUUGGAGUUUGCCAAAAGGCACCUAAAGGACUCUCAGACCAUGAGAAACAAGAUUCUCUGGUCUGAUAAAACCAAGAUUGAACUCUUUGGCCUGAAUGCCAAGUGUCACGUCUGGAGGAAACCUGGCACAAUCCCUAUGGUGAAGCAUGGUGGUGGCAGCAUCAUGUUGUGGCGAUGUUUUUCAGCAGCAGGGACUGGGAGACUAGACAGGAUCGAGGGAAAGAUGAAUGGAGCAAAGUGCAGAGAGGUCCUUCAUGAAAACCUGCUCCAGAGCACUCAGGACCUCAGACUGGGGCGAAGGUUCACCUUCCAACAAGCCACUCCAGCCAAGACAAUGCUGGAGUGGCUUUGGGACAAGUCUCUGAAUGUCCUUGAGUGGUCCAGCCAGAGCCCAGACUUGAACCCGAACUAACAUCUCUGGAGAGACCUGAAAAUAGCUGUGCAGCGAUGCUCCCCAUCCAACCUAACAGAGCUUGAGAGGAUCUGCAGAGAAGAAUGGGAGAAACUCUCCAAAUACAGGUGUGCCAAGCUUGUAGCGUCAUACCCAAGAAUACUCAAGGCUGUAAUCGCUGCCAAAGGUGCUUCAACAAAGUACUGAGUAAAGGGUCUGAAUACUUAUGUAAAUGUGAUAUUUCAUUUUUUUAUUUUUUUAUAAAUUUGCACACACAAAAGCAGUUUUUGCUUUGUCAUUAUGGAGUAUUGUGUGUAGAUUGAAGAGGGUGAAAAAACCUUUCAAUUCAUUUUAGAAUAAGGCUGUAACGUAACAAAAUGUAGAAAAAGUCAAGGGGUCUGAAUACUUUCUGAAUGCACUGUAUAAUACCUUUUUAAUACUUAUUUUGCUAAAUGUUUUCUAAGACCCGUUUUCCAUCUGUUUGACCAGCAAUCAAGCCUUUGCUUAUUCCACAUUUUUAGGAUGGAUAAUGGUAGAAAAAUGUAUGCAUGCCUUAAUUUCCCCAAAAUAUAGACUCAACUUUCAUUUGACACCCAAUUUGAUGUGCUCCUAUGAACUUCACUUUAGUGCUCAUGGGGCUUUUUACAUGGGAAUGCCCAGUUAGAAACAUUUGCUAAGUUUUGUGUUGACCGAAGUUCUGUCAUCUAGAUUUCAGCAAGCUAAGUAAACUGGUACUGCGACCAGAUGUUACCUUAAUCACAUGCAGGCAGUCAUUAUCUACAGUAGCCUCUCAGCCCUAGCCCAGUCUCUGUUACACAUUACCUUUCAGAUAGAUGUUAUCACGUCAACCAUCCCCCACAUAUUGCCUGGCUGGCUGUCACAGAAUGACAUAGCCUACCACACCACAGCCCACCACACCACAACUGAGUCACUGUCUGGGAUACUCUCCACUUCGACAUGCAUCCAGUCCAGCACAGGGCUCAGUUUAAAGUGCAGUCGGGACCUCAGUGUGAAGUCUGUGACAAAGGAACGAUUGGUCUUACAGUCUGGCAGACCUCCAGGACUCAUUACAGAGAUAAGUUGCAUACCAACAACGAACAACCCUUUGUGUAAGUGUGCUUUGUGUGCAGGUCUGUUUUCCAGG